GUACUCAGAGCCAAUGUUGUUGUAAAACUCGUUCAUCUCCAAACCUCCAGAGCGCACGUGGAGCUGCUUAGAGCGCACACUUUUACGCAUUUCCACAACAUCCACGACUAUCUAUAACCAAACCUCCGUGCUCGCUGUAAGUACGAAGAAGAACCGCGCAGGGAAAAGCUUCAGUAGCCCGCGGUGGUGCUAGCUCUUUCGGCGGCUUCUUCGCGGCAUGUCAGGCGGGCAGAGCGAGUCCAGGAAGCGGGGCAAGAAGCGCUAUGGGGGCGGCCAGGGCAAGCGCUGGAGGGGAUCCCGGGAGCUGGAGGUGGGCAUGCAGGGCGUCCUCAUCACCUGCAACAUGAACGAGAGGAAGUGCACGAGCGAGGCCUUCAACCUGCUCAGCGAGUACGCGGACGUGCUCUACGGCCCCGAGAAGCUCCAGUCCACAGAGGGCAGCAGUGAGGAGGAAGAGGAAGAAGAUGAGGAUGUUGAAGCGGCGCUGAAGAGGGAGGUGGAGCAGCUCAAAGGUGCCCAGGUCAAACAGCAGAGACGUUUUCAGGCCCUGGAGAGUGGAGCCAACAACGUCAUCUUCAUCAAGACUCACAACCUAGAAUCUGACAAAUUGGUCCACCACAUCCUCUCUGACCUCCACACCACCAAAAAGAAGAAGUCUCGUGUGAUCCUCCGAAUGCUGCCAGUGACCGGAACGUGCAAGGCAUUCCAAGAGGACAUGUUAAAGUUCCUGAGCACGUUCCUGGAGCCCUGGUUCAAAACACCCAACGCUGCGUCCUACCAGAUUGUCUUCAAAGCUCGAAACAGCAGCCACAACAAGAGGGAGGACAUCAUCAAGGCCAUUGCAGGUCUGGUGGGGAAGCUCAACCCGAAGAACAAGGUGGACCUGACCAGCCCCGAGCUCACCAUCAUCGUGGAGGUCAUCAAAGCAGUGUGCUGCGUCAGCGUGGUCAGGGACUACACACUGUUCAGGAAGUACAACGUCCAGGAGGUGGUCAAGGAGGACACUGCCAAACCCGAGGAGACAAAGGAGGGGGAGACAAAGGAAGAGUCAAAAAAGGAGAAGAACUCAGAUGGCACAGAGCAUCCGGAGGGCGAGGACACAGCGGAGAACAGGCACAGCACAGACGAGCACACAGGCACGGCUGAGGGAGAGUGACUGAAUCUUAAGGGGAGACACUACAAGCAACUAUGUUAACAAAAACAAACAAGAAAUGUAAACCUGUCUCCAUGUUUGUGUUUUGAAUGUCCCAAAUGUGAUUAAUUCUGGCUGUUUUUUACACAUAAAAUGCCUUAUUUUUAUAUGAAAACAUUACACAGUUCAAAAACGUGUGAUACAUUUGUUUCUUAUUUUUUAUCUGAGUAAACUACAUAAGAAGAUUCAAAAUUAUCUCUAAAUUGAACAUUUUGUUCCUAUUUGCUUGCAGUGUCUCACCUUAAGAGUGUUUUUUUAGUUUAUUUAAAAUAGUGUGAAUGAAGCGUUUGUGUUUUAGAUUAACUGAAUGCACAAUAGAAUCAGCAGCUACUCCUCCUAGUGGUCAACAAUAGAAUAGCAGGAAAUGGGAGGUCAGCAUUUUUGUAUUAAUUCAGCUCAGUUUCAAUAACAGAUUUUGGAUGUUCACUUAUUUUGCUGUUUUAGAAAACAUUAAGUAAUUAAGUUUGUUUUGUUCAAAUGGAUUUGUUUCAGAUAGUGUCAUUCAAAGUAACUACAGUCAAUGGAAUAAUCAUUUCAGUUGUAUUUUUUCAUGCAAAUAAUUAUGAUUUACUUUUAUUUUUUUAUGACAGCCUUAGCAUUCUCCACCUGUUUCCUGACAUGGUCAAAUGGGUCAGAUUAAAUCCAUACAAUAAUAAAAAUGUCCACAGCCCCACAAAUAAGC